GGGAGGGGUGACUGGGGCGGGUGGCAGUGGGGGAAGAGCCCAGUAACAGGGCGACUCUUGGUAGGAGGCAGUGAUGGGUGGAGGGCCCAGGAUGCUGGGGAGGCAACGGGGUCGUGCCAUGAAGGGAUCCCGUGCCAUGAAGGAUGCCCGCUGGCCGGGCAAAGUCAGGGAGACUCUGCCACCAGAAAUGAGGGCAGCGCUGAGUGAUGGGGACUCUGGCCAUAAAGAAGGAAAAUUCUGCAUGGCUGGGAAAGCAUUUGGGGGGGUCUUGUGGAUGCUUCCCUGUUUGGUUUCCACAUGACGUCAUUUCUCUUUCCAGCCCAGGGGCCUCCCAGAUGCCUGGAGCAGAAAGAACGUGCUGGUGGCGGGCAUCACUCCGGGCAAGAGCUGAGGACAAAGCACUGAAGGAAAGCCUGGCUCCAAACCCCGCCGUGCAUCAGCGCUGGAGGCCCGCCCAGGCCCAGAUCAGUGGAGGGCAGCUACGGGGAAUGAGGUCAAGUUUCGUCUAGUUGCACGGUGUCCUUUCACGCAGGGCACCAGAGAUACCUUUCCGAGUUAAGUGGGUCAAGCCAUGGUGUCAGAAUCACAGUAGACCCCCGGCAAGUCCCCCCAAGGUGUCUUUCCAGAAUGCUCAGAGGCUCCUCUCAAGUUUCCUCGCGAUGCAGUCGUCCUGAGGGUGUUGCCUACAAAGGGCCUGGAUUCCUCCUUUUUGCCACGGAGUUCGAUAAGGGAUCCCGAAACCCAACAACCGAAAAAGUCAGUUAGCGCACUUAGCAUAAGGCAGCAGGCAGCUGUCCACGCCACGCGAGGUCUGGCUCAGAGAGGCCCAGUGUGCAGGAGCCCAGGAGGGGAGUUUGCGGCCAGGGAUGAGUGGCCGCGUGCCGCUGGCGGAGAAGGCCCUGUCUGAGAGCUAUGCCCGGCUCCGGUACCGGGACACCUCCUUGCUCAUCUGGCAGCAGCAGCAGCAGAAACUGGAAUCCGUGCCCCCCGGGACAUACCUGAGCAGGAGCCGAAGCAUGUGGUACUCCCAGUACGGAAACGAGGCCAUCCUGGUCCGGGACAGAAACAAGCUUGAGGUCUCCCGGGACACGGGCCAGUCCAAGUUUUGUACGGUCAUGUAACUCCAGCCUGAAGACCGGGGCCCAGGCACCAGGCUGGGGGGAGAGCAGGCCACGUUUCGUUCAGGGGCCUUGGUGAUUUCCAGUCCUUACUGGGAGAUGGCGAACAGUGAGCGCGAAGACGAAGCCGGGCCGGUGGCGCCCAAGCCCUCUCUCACGGG